AUGGAAAAGUUAGAAAAAGAUCUUCGAGACUGGUCCAUAUCUAGCGACGAUUGCGGUGAUGAGGAUGGGGCAGGCGUAGAUCAAACAAUACAGCAAGAAAUAAAUGAAUUAGAAACUGUCUUAACUGAAAGCGGGAUAGAAGGCCUAAAACAAAAACUGCAUGAAAAAUGUGAAAAAUGGAAGAAAAUUAAAUUGAACACAGCUGUAACUGGAAUCUCUGGGGCGGGGAAAUCCUCACUAAUCAACGCCACACUUGACCUUUCGCCAGAAGAAGACGAAAAUGCAGCCAAAGUUGAUGUUAAAGAAACAACUGCUGAUCUUACCCCUUACUAUCAUCCAAAUAACCAAAAUUUUGUGGUAUGGGACAUGCCUGGAGUUGGGACACCUAAGUUUCCGAAAGAAAAUUACCUCGAGGCUGUAAAAUUUGACCGAUAUGAUUUCUCUCUAAUCGUUCCAGCGAACAGAUUUACUGAAAACGACGAAUGGCUAGCAAAACAAAUACAGAGCAGAAAGAAGAGAUUUUAUUUCAUACGAACAGGAAUUGAUGUGGAUAUUCUAAAGAAUAAAAAGUCAAAACCACGCAAACAUCAGCAGGCUGCAGUCAUGAAGGUUGUGAGAGAUGACUGUGAUGCAAACCUUACAAAAGCAACAACUAUGAUAAAACAAAUCAAAUGUUUGAUUUUGGACGAUUACAAGACCAGUUACUGA